AUUCGUGGUGGAUAUUAUUCGUUUCAGCUGCUCAUUCUGUUUGCUCCGGGACAAGCCUUGGGACACGUCUGCCUAUUCCGCAGCCAUCUUGUCUCGUAGAGUACAAGGUGGCACAGAACAGUAGUCUGGAGGGCAGCAGCAGGAAGACUAAGAUGACAAGAUCAUCAGAUGUUCAUUCAUCUGGAUCUUCAGAUGCACAUAUGGAUGCAUCUGGACCCUCAGAAAGUGAUAUGCCAAGUCGAGCACGACCUAAGAGCCCAAGAAAACAUAAUUAUAGGAAUGAAAGUGCCCGUGAAAGCCUUUGUGAUUCUCCUCACCAGAAUACUUCAAAACCUCUUCUAGAAAACAAACUUAAAGCAUUCAGUAUUGGAAAAAUGAGUACAGCUAAGCGAACUUUAAGUAAGAAGGAGCAAGAAGAAUUGAAGAAAAAGGAGGAUGAAAAGGCUGCUGCUGAGAUUUAUGAGGAAUUUCUUGCUGCUUUUGAAGGAAGUGAUGGUAAUAAAGUGAAGACAUUUGUGCGCGGAGGUGUUGUUAAUGCAGCUAAAGAAGAACAUGAAACAGAUGAAAAAAGAGGCAAAAUCUAUAAGCCAUCUUCAAGAUUUGCAGAUCAAAAAAACCCUCCAAAUCAGUCAUCCAAUGAAAGACCACCAUCUCUUCUUGUGAUAGAAACCAAAAAACCCCCACUGAAGAAAGGGGAGAAAGAAAAGAAAAAAAGCAAUUUGGAACUCUUCAAAGAAGAAUUGAAACAAAUUCAAGAAGAGCGUGAUGAGAGACAUAAAACAAAAGGCAGGUUAAGUCGAUUUGAGCCUCCUCAGUCAGAUUCUGAUGGUCAGCGGCGUUCCAUGGAUGCGCCUUCAAGAAGAAAUAGAUCAUCUGGUGUUCUUGAUGAUUAUGCACCUGGGUCACAUGAUGUGGGAGAUCCAAGCACUACUAAUUUAUACCUUGGAAACAUUAAUCCACAGAUGAAUGAAGAAAUGCUGUGCCAAGAAUUUGGAAGAUUUGGACCAUUAGCGAGUGUGAAAAUUAUGUGGCCUAGAACUGAUGAAGAAAGAGCAAGAGAGAGAAAUUGUGGCUUUGUGGCCUUUAUGAAUAGAAGAGAUGCUGAAAGAGCUUUAAAAAAUUUAAAUGGAAAGAUGAUUAUGUCUUUUGAAAUGAAGUUAGGUUGGGGUAAAGCUGUGCCUAUUCCUCCACAUCCAAUAUACAUUCCGCCUUCUAUGAUGGAACAUACGCUUCCCCCACCUCCAUCAGGACUGCCUUUUAAUGCGCAGCCUAGAGAGCGGUUAAAAAAUCCCAAUGCUCCCAUGUUACCACCACCUAAAAACAAGGAGGAUUUUGAGAAGACUCUGUCGCAAGCCAUAGUCAAAGUGGUUAUCCCAACAGAAAGGAAUUUGCUCGCCCUGAUACAUCGAAUGAUAGAGUUUGUUGUACGUGAAGGGCCAAUGUUUGAAGCUAUGAUUAUGAACAGAGAAAUCAACAACCCCAUGUUCAGAUUCUUAUUUGAAAACCAGACACCAGCCCAUGUUUACUAUAGGUGGAAGCUUUAUUCUAUUCUGCAGGGAGAUUCUCCAACUAAGUGGCGGACGGAAGAUUUUCGUAUGUUCAAAAAUGGAUCUUUUUGGAGGCCACCACCAUUAAAUCCAUACCUGCAUGGGAUGUCAGAAGAACAAGAAACAGAAGCUUUUGUAGAGGAGCCUAAUAAAAAGGGAGCACUUAAGGAAGAACAGAGGGACAAAUUAGAAGAAAUCCUGCGAGGGUUAACUCCAAGGAAAAAUGAUAUUGGAGAUGCAAUGGUUUUCUGUCUUAAUAAUGCUGAAGCUGCUGAAGAAAUAGUGGAUUGUAUUACUGAGUCAUUGUCGAUCCUAAAGACGCCCCUUCCCAAAAAGAUUGCCAGAUUAUAUUUGGUUUCUGAUGUUUUGUACAACUCUUCAGCAAAAGUUGCCAAUGCUUCAUAUUAUAGAAAAUUUUUUGAAACAAAGUUAUGUCAGAUAUUUUCAGACCUCAAUGCUACCUAUCGUACAAUUCAAGGCCAUUUACAGUCUGAAAACUUUAAGCAACGGGUAAUGACCUGCUUCAGAGCAUGGGAAGAUUGGGCAAUUUAUCCAGAACCAUUUUUGAUCAAAUUGCAAAAUAUUUUCUUAGGACUUGUAAAUAUUAUUGAAGAAAAGGAAACAGAGGAUGUACCAGAUGACCUUGAUGGUGCCCCUAUUGAAGAAGAGCUUGAUGGUGCACCUUUGGAAGAUGUGGAUGGAAUUCCUAUUGAUGCUACACCCAUUGAUGAUCUUGAUGGAGUCCCUAUAAAGAGUUUUGAUGAUGAUCUUGAUGGAGUGCCUUUAGUGGAUGCCACUGAAGACUCAAAGAAGAAUGAGCCUAUAUUUAAAGUUGCUCCAUCAAAAUGGGAAGCUGUAGAUGAAUCUGAAUUAGAAGCACAGGCUGUAACAACUUCUAAAUGGGAGUUAUUUGACCAGCAUGAAGAAUCAGAAGAAGAAGAAAAUCAAAAUCAAGAAGAAGAAAGUGAAGAUGAAGAAGAUACUCAAAGUUCCAAAUCUGAAGAACAUCAUUUAUAUUCUAAUCCAAUCAAAGAAGAGAUGACCGAGUCCAAGUUCUCUAAGUACUCUGAAAUGAGUGAGGAAAAACGAGCCAAACUUCGUGAAAUUGAGCUCAAAGUUAUGAAGUUUCAGGAUGAAUUGGAAUCUGGAAAAAGGCCUAAAAAACCAGGCCAGAGCUUUCAGGAGCAAGUAGAACACUACAGAGAUAAACUUCUUCAACGAGAGAAAGAGAAAGAAUUAGAAAGAGAACGAGAAAGAGAUAAGAAGGAUAAAGAAAAAUUGGAAUCUCGAUCCAAAGACAAGAAGGAAAAAGAUGAGUGUACUCCAACAAGGAAAGAAAGGAAAAGGCGACACAGUAUGUCCCCUAGCCCAUCUCGCAGUAGCAGUGGUAGACGAGUGAAGUCCCCAUCACCAAAGUCGGAGCGAUCAGAGCGUUCAGAAAGAUCUCAUAAAGAGAGUUCACGGUCCAGGUCAUCUCACAAAGAUUCUCCUCGAGAUGCUAGCAAAAAGGCCAAAAGAUCACCAUCUGGUUCAAGAACACCUAAAAGGUCUAGGCGAUCACGGUCUAGAUCCCCUAAAAAAUCAGGGAAGAAAUCCAGAUCCCAGUCCCGAUCUCCACACAGGUCUCAUAAAAAGUCAAAGAAAAACAAACAUUGACAUACGUUUUUAAGAUGCUGUCACUUAUUGGAAAUGCAAUUUUGUUUUGUGCCUGAAUGGUCUGUUUUAAAAAAAAAUCAAAUGAAAGAGCAUUCCUGGGAUUUUUGUUUGUUUAUUUGUGAAGCAUGUGUAACUGCAUCUGUAGACCUGUCAUUGUUUUAUAUUGUGUAAAUUACUUUUUUUGUGGCUGUUUUCAAGAUGAAAUUAUUGUGGUAAUGAAUUUCAUCAGAAAUGUGUAUAAUGGAUCUGCUGGCAGUAGUAGUAUUUUGUUUUAGAAUGCUGUGACUUAGCAAAACUAAUACAGAUGUCUUCCCCCAUUUUGUAGCUUUGGCAAUUUGAAUUAGAUUUCAAAUAAAAUCUGAACAAAAAACCA